UCCCAGAAAGAAGGGGUCAUUAUAGUCAGAAUGGAAGGGAAACGUACCAAAUCUGGCCUCGCCGGUUUGCUUUUCGUUCUUCUUUUGGAGUGUUUAUGUUUCUGCCUUGCAUCCUCAUAUCGUAUUAUUUUCAGCUAUUGCUUUUGCUGCUACGGUGCUUGCCCCUCCCCUUGCCUUCACAUCACUCUCUCUGCGGCUCUGCUCCGCGGGAUCAACUACUGACCUCCCUCCUCUGGAUUUGCAUCCAUUUCCUUCUUCUCUCAUAGAUCUCGAUCGGGUUGCGGUUUUUAUUUGAUCUCCUAAUUACACCAGACGCAAGAGAGGAGGAAUGGACUCAAAUCUCCAGCAGCAUCUCCCUGUGUUUCGCGAUCCGCACCAGAUUAAUUCGGGUUGACACGUUACCAAUCGGCGCCCACCUCCUUUUUUACCGAUAUAAUUGACAAGGAGUGUUAUGAGCACAUGUUCAAUCGGUCAUCCAGCCCCGAAACCGAGCGAGUUUUUUCGCGCCUUAUCCGUAGCUUUGCUGAGGACCCCCCUCCUCAGAAUCUCCCGCCCCUCGCCGUAAAGCAAGAGGUCAGCCAGAACCAGCAGCCUCAGCCUCAGGCUGUGCCGCCUGUCAAUAAUGAAGCCGCGGUUCUGCCGCGGCAGCAGAACAGCACGAACAUUUUCGACGGUGCGCCCUGCAAUUUAUACCCGAGCUCAGCGCGACCCCCUCUGCCAAAUCAGGGCCUCUCUUCGGUUAAUCGGCUGCCCCCUAUGAAGACUGGAAUCGGAAACAGUACUUGUAACCUUACCAGGCAUAAUAGCUCGCCCCCAGGACUCUUGGCUAACUUCAACAUUGAUCCUGUAUCUGCAGGCUAUGCUGCGGCUGUGAGAGGCAUGGGGACUUUUGCAGCUGGAGAUAUAGCCACCGAAGCGACAAGCUUUCCUUCUGCAGAGACGUUGAAGAACCGACCACCGGCUUACCUGUCGGGGUUAAUGUCAUCCAUACCUGAGAUCGGAGAUAAAAACAACAUGGAGCUAGUUAAUCCCCAGAAGGAGGCCUUUAGUGAAAGUCAGGGUAAUGAUUUUAUGUCUGGCUUCCCCGUAGAUCCUUGGGACGAUUCUGCAAUCAUGUCUGACAAUAUCAGCGGUCUAAAAAGAUACGGAGAUGAUGAGGAUGAUACAAAACCAUUGUCCGGCUUAAGUGCGGCUGAAGCCAAGAAUGAGAGGGGAAGCGUGGGCGGUGGUCCUUCUCCCUUGACUCAUCACUUGAGUUUGCCAAAAACUGCAAUGGAGAUGGCGGCCGUUGAGAAGUUAUUGCAGUACUCGGAUUCUGUUCCCUGUAAAAUUCGUGCCAAGCGUGGCUGUGCCACUCACCCCCGAAGCAUUGCAGAGCGGGUUCGAAGAACUAAAAUUAGUGAGCGCAUGAGGAAACUACAAGAUCUGGUUCCCAACAUGGACAAGCAAACAAACACGGCAGACAUGUUGGACUUGGCUGUCGACUACAUUAAAGACCUUCAAAAGCUGGUCCAGACACUUUCAGACAGCCAAUCUAGGUGUACGUGUUUACGGAGGCAGCACCAAUAACGGGAAAGAGGGUGGUGGAUGCAAGAUUCUGCGUUUGUACAGAUUUGUAACGAAUAAAUAUGCUUGAGUAGAUGUAAUUGAACUGGAGAGCUUGCUUCUGUUUCUUCACUGAUUAAGAGAAAUGCAUAUCAUAUAUAUAUAUAUAUAUAUAUAUAGAUCCAAA